AUGGAGGAAGAAAGGAAGGUGCUAGGGAAACACACAGAACCCUCACAAGGAGGACAGAGAACAGCCCCCCAAUUUCCAGGCAGUGCCAGCCCGCCCCCUCAGCCUGUAGUCGGUUCCCCCCCGUGGUCCCCGCCAGAGCGGGACGGGAGGGACACAGAGCCCGCAGUGUGUGCACUGGAGGUCCCCUCGACCUCGGAAUCCAGGUGGCGGCAGCCUCGGGCUGCACCCUCUGUCUGUCUGGUGGUGGAAGCCCAGGCCCCCUCUCCCGGGUUUUGGGUGGAGAGAGAGCCGGCCCUGGCUCCCUCCUCCGCCCCCCUGCCAGUUCGGCCCCCGCGCUCCGCUACAAAGGGCCCAGGCUCCGACUCCCGCCUCUGCGAUCCGCUCAGUAACCCGAGCUCAGUCGUGCAGCGCCGCGCCGGGGGCGGGGCUGGGAAGGUGUUAACUGGCAGGCCCGGGGGGAAGGGCUUCUCCAAGGGUUUUUCUCUAACGCUCUUUCUCCAUGGGGGAAGCAGAGACUUGGGACCCGCAACCCAAGACCCAGCCGCAGUGUCCCCUCACGUCGCCCCAUUUUCUACCCCCUUCCCAUCUAAGGGGCCUGAGAGCCCGUGGGUCUCGCAACCCACUCCAGGGGAGAAUGGAGCGGGUCUUGGAGGGGUGCGGAGGAGGGGGUGCGCCUGCGCAGGGGUUGGAGGUGCCCUGCAGCUGCCUGCCGCCGCUGCUGCGCUGGGCGCCCUCCACGCCCGAGCCCCUGGUCCUAGAGUGCCCACCAGGGGGGCAGUGUGGAGCUCCACAGCUGUGUCCCUGCCGGUCGGGCUGUCGGACAGUUCGUGUCCCCCGGGCCACAGCGCCCCCCGCCCCCAGCCCCGUGCCAGCCACCCUAGAGAGGCCUCCCUCACCUGGCAGCCGCUGACGCUGCAAGAGGCCCGGGCAUUGCUGCAGCGCCGCCCGACCUCGAGGGCCCCGGACACAAGGGCCUUUUGCGCUCAGCCGCCAGCUGAGAGAGCCGGCCGCUGCUCCUGCCCCGGGCCCCUGGAAAGCACUUCGGGGAAACCCAAGGGACCGCGAGGCGUGUCGAUGGCGGCCGCUGUCCCGGGCCUGGGGUUGCCACUCUCGCGGGGCUCUAUGGCCACGUCCAUUCCUCCAAGCCUCAGGGGACCCAGGACUGGAUGGCGGGAGCUGAGAGACCCUGGUACCACGGCCCCUCUCCCAAGGUGGCUCCGUGACAGCGGGCGUGGGGGAGGGAGCCCCAGAGCCUUGUCCAGCUGUGCCCCGCUGUCAGGUUCUAUCCUCAGCUGUAGCCCUCCGGUUCCCCAGAUGUGCCCCCCUCAAAGCGCUGUCCCGCCCCUGACUUCUCAGUCCAGCUGGGGCCCCCAUCCCCUAGACCCCAAAGAGCAGAACGUUGGGGGGAAGUUUCCAGGUGUGUGCCCCUGGGUCAGCUCUUCCGCUAUAUGGAGCCCAGGAAGCGCCUGGCGGGGCUCCCUGGCGCCCCCACCUGUUCCCCCCCCACCUCCCAACACUUGUUGCAGCUGGGGUCGGGGCUGGGGCUUGGCCUGGACGGGACUGUGCUGUCGCUGCUGCCGCUGCUGCCAUGCCUCAACUGCCCGGCCCGGGCCCCGCGAGCGGCUGCUCCGAGUACUCUUCACCCCGGCUGUGUGCCGCCUGCGCUGCACUGGGAAUCGCUGCGUGCCCCACUGCGUGCGCGCCAACACCACGAGCGUGGAGAGCGGCGCCCCUGGCGGGGCAGCACCCGCGGGGCCAGGCUUCCGAGUCUUCUUGUGUCCACUCUUGUGCCACAACGGGGGUGUGUGUGUGAAGAAGGACCGUUGCCUUUGCCCCCCGGACUUCGCGGGCAAGUUCUGUCAGCUGCCUGCCUCCCGCACACGCCACGAGGCUCCAGCGCCGCCCCCACCUGGGGUCACCAAGUCGGUGUACACGCUGCCCCUGGCCAACCACCGGGAGGAAGAGGACGGCGUUGCGUCCCUGGUGAGCGUGCAUGUGGAACACCCACAGGAAGCUUCAGUGGUCAUCCACCAAGUGGAACGUGUGAGCGGCCCGGGGCCCAGCCUUUGGGCUCGGGCCUCGGGGGUGGCAUCGGACCGCGCUGCCUUGUACACGGUGCUGGCCCAGAGCAGCCCCGGGGUGAGGAUGAGGCGGGUGCGUUACACUGAUGCCUCGGGCUUCGGCUACUGCUUCCGCCAGCUCCGGGAAGGCGAGUGCGCAUCCCCUCUCCCAUGGCUUCGAACAGAGGUCUGCUGUCGAGGGGCUGUGGCCUGGGGAGUGCACGACUGUCAGCCGGCGGCGGAGGCCGGGCGAGGAUCCUCAGACGCAGCCUGCCCCUCCGGCUUUGAAAGAGUCAACGGCUCCUGCGCCGAUGUGGAUGAGUGCGCCGAGCCAGGGCGGUGCCAACACGGGGAGUGCGCGAACACUCGCGGCGGCUACACGUGCGUGUGCCCCGAUGGCUACCUGCUGGAUUCAUCCCGGAGCAGCUGCAUCUCCCAGCAUGUGAUCUCAGAGGCAAAGGGGCCCUGCUUUCGAGUACUCAGGGCUGGAGGUUGUUCACUGCCCCUCCUGCGCAAUAUCACCAAACAGAUCUGCUGCUGUAGUCGGGUGGGCAAGGCAUGGGGCCAUAGCUGCCAGCUGUGUCCACCUUUUGGCUCCAGAGGGUUUCAGGAGAUAUCCCCAGCUGGUCCUGGCUAUUCAUUUACUCUGCCUCUGACCUCAGAUAACAACACUCGCCCCUUGGGCCAGGAGCCACCCGAGUACCCCAUCAGUCAGCCCCGGGUACCUCCACCUGUCACCCAGGCACCCCAGUCUGGGCCCCCACAGCCCAGGACAGGGGGCGUGUGUCAGCGGAACCCCCAGAUCUGUGGCCCGGGGCGCUGUGUCCCCCGCCAGGGUGGCUACACUUGCGUUGGGACUCUGGCUUCUGGCUCAUGCACCCAUGGCACCCACUGCAUCGAUGUGGAUGAGUGUCGCCAGGUAACCCGGCCCUGUGCCCAUGGACGCUGUGAGAAUUCAGCAGGCAGCUACCGCUGUAUCUGUUCUCCUGGUUUCUAUGCCAACCCAAGGGCCACUGAAUGUCAGGAUGUGGAUGAAUGUGUCCAGCAUCCCUGCACCAAUGGGCGUUGUGAGAACACUCCUGGCAGCUACCUGUGUGUUUGUCCAGCUGGCUACAAGGCUUCUCCCCAUGGAGCUGGCUGCCAGGUCAGACAUCAACGAAUGUGCCCAGAGUCCCUGCGGCCCUGUGGCUGGGGCCACUGUGAAAAUCUGCAGGCUCUUAUCGCUGGUUCCUGCCCACCCGGCUUCCAAGGCCCUGACUGUGAAGACAUAGACGAGUGUGCCCGGGACCCCCCUCCCUGUGGGCCUGGCCGAUGUGACAACACGGCUGGAAGCUACCACUGUGCCUGCCCUGCUGGGUACCGCUCCCAUGGGCCUGGGGCACCAUGUGUUGACGUGGAUGAAUGCCAGCGAAGCCCCCCGCCCUGCAGUUAUGGGAGAUGUGAGAAUGUGGAUGGCUCCUACCUGUGUGUACCUGUCCCACCGGCUUUCCGGCUCAACGCUGCGGGACAGGCUUGUGAGUACAUUAAUGAAUGUGAAAAUCACGUGGCCUGUCCGGGGCAGGAAUGUGUCAACUCUCCUGGGUCCUUCCAGUGUCGGGCUUGUACCGCCGGCCACCGAUUGCUCCAGGGACGCUUGCGUUCCUCCUUUGUAGACGUGGACGAGUGCAGCUCGGGCGUCCCCUGCGGUCCCCACGGACACUGCACCAACACCGAUGGCUCCUUCCGUUGCAGUUGCGAGCCUGGCUACCGGCUCCCACCGGGCGGGCGAUCCGGUCCUUGUUCAGACGUGAACGAGUGCCUGGAGGGAGAUUUUUGCUUCCCACGGGGAGUGUGUCUCAACACCGACGGCUCCUUCGCGUGCACGUGUGCUCCGGGUUACCAGGCUGGGCCCCGUGGGUCUUCCUGCAUCGACGUGGACGAGUGCCGGGAUGAAAGCCUGUGCCAGGGAGGCCUUUGCACCAACACCGAUGGCUCUUUUGAGUGCGCCUGUCCUCCAGGAUACCGCGCCAGUGCUGACCUGACGUCCUGCAGCGAUGUGGACGAGUGUCGUGAAGGAGGGUCGGCCCUGUGUGGGACCCAGCGCUGCGAGAACUCCCCAGGUUCCUACCGCUGCGUCCGUGACUGUGACCCGGGUUACCACGCGGGUCCCGAAGGCAACUGUGAUGAUGUAGACGAAUGCAGAGAAUACGGGCAGGCUCUUUGUGGGGCCCAGCGUUGUGAGAACACCCCGGGAUCCUAUCGUUGUUCCCCCUUCUGCGACCCGGGCUACCAGCCCACGCACCAGCGGUGGGCUUGCCAAGAUGUGGACGAAUGUCGGAACCGAACCUUCUGUGGGGCCCACGCCAUGUGUCAGAAUUUGCCAGGUUCCUUCCAGUGUCUGUGUGACCAGGGCUAUGAGGGAACCAGGGAUGGGCGCCACUGUGGUGAUGUCAACGAGUGUGAGACCCUCAGGGGGGUGUGUGCCGCACUGUGUGAGAAUGUGGAAGGCUCCUUCCUCUGUGUCUGCCCCACCAGCCCUGAUGAAUUUGACCCCAUGACUGGACGCUGUGUUCCCCCAAGACCUCCUGCUGUGCUAUUCCCAGGGUCGGGUCCUCAGCUGCCCUCCAGCCCAGGGCUCCCUGCCCGUCCUCCACCUCCACCUGCUCCUCCUCGUCGGCCCGCUGGGCCGAGGCCUGGCCCUGGCCCCUGGGUUAGCGAUGGGCGAAGGGAGUGUUAUUAUGACAGGGGCCCUGAUGCCUGUGACAACAUCCUGGCGCGGAACGUCACCUGGCAGGACUGCUGUUGUACUGUGGGCGAAGGCUGGGGUCAUGGCUGCCGCAUCCAGCAGUGUCCGGGCCCUGAGACAGCGGAAUACCAGUCUCUGUGCCCACAUGGCCGGGGUUACCUUUCCCCCCCAGGAGAGCCCAGCGUCCGGAGAGAUGUGGAUGAGUGCCUUUUGUUCGGGGACCAGGUGUGCAAGAGUGGGGUAUGUGUGAACACGGCCCCCGGCUACUCCUGUUACUGCAGUAAUGGCUACUACUACCACACCCAAAGACUGGAGUGUAUAGACAAUGAUGAGUGUUCCGACGAGGAAGAAGCAUGUGAAGGUGGCCAAUGUGUCAACACGAUCGGCUCUUAUCACUGUACCUGUUCCCCUCCAUUGGUGCUGGAUGGCUCCCGGCGCCGCUGUGUGACCAAUGACAGUCAGAGUUUGGGUAACCAAUGACACCUGGCUGUGUGCUGGCAGGAGGUGGGGCCGGACCUGGUGUGUAGCCGCCCUCGACUGGACCGUCAGGCCACAUACACAGAGUGCUGCUGCCUUUAUGGGGAGGCUUGGAGCAUGGACUGUGCUCUGUGCCCAGCCAGAGACUCAGAUGACUUUGAGGCACUGUGCAACGUCCUUCGUCCACCAGCCUACGGCCCAGCCCGCCCCGGAGGCUUUGGGAUCCCCUACGAAUAUGGACCAGACUUUGGACCGGGCUAUGGGGGUCUCCCCUAUGGACCAGAGCUGUACCCACCCCCACCCCCACCAGUCCCUGCUGGGCUAUGACCUUACCCACCUCCUCCAGGGGCCCUGCCUUUCCCUGGCCCAGGUAGUCCCUAUGGCCCACCACCCUUUGAGGUGCCUGACUUUGACUCGGUUGCUGCCGGGGCCUACAGGGAGCCUAGGCCGCCCACCCCUGGAUUCUACCCACCGCUGGCGCUAUCGACCCGGGACACCGGUGGCUCCUUCCCAGAGCCUGAGGAGGAAGAGGAAGAGGAGACUGGAGCACCCUAUGCUGCUUCCCAGUAUGAGCCCUUCGAGGGGCUGCAGGCUGAGGAGUGUGGCAUCUUGGACGGCUGGAACAACGGGCGCUGCAUCAGUGUCCCCGAGGGCUACACCUGUGACUGUUUUGAUGGCUACCGGCUAGAUAUGACCCGCAUGGCCUGCGUGGAUAUCAAUGAGUGUGAAGAGUCGGGAGAUCGGACCUCACUGUGUGUGAACGGGAGGUCUCACUCUGACGGCUCCUUCCGAUGCCUUUGCCGGGCUGGCUACAUACUGUCCCAUCAGCCUCACCGUGUGUCCCCUGCCCGCCCCCAGGCCUGAGCCGGCUCAUCCCACCUGCCGAGGACCUGACUGGGCCAGAGAGGGCUUGUGGAAGGACGUAAACCCAAGCCCCAGAGAGCCUGCUCCAUCUGGCCCCGGCCAGCCCCAUCUACUGUAUCCCCCCUCCCCAUGACACUGCACACACGUGUCCCAUCCCGCACACACGCUUCGCCGCACUCCUCUGCUCAAAUGCACGGGACACAUGACUGGAUGGAGAGGUGGGCAGGGGGACAGACAGAUACCACUCCAGACACAUGCCCUCCACCUCAGCCCAGGGCCAGCAGAAUCCUCUUCCCUGCAAAGGAACUGUGAGGCCUAGAGGCAUGAGUACCUGGGUCCUGGCUUCUCCCCUCCCCUCCCCUUCCUUUCCCUGACCGCCCCCAACCCUGUUUUCAAUAAAGUUUCUUUUUCUA